UCUCAUGAACUUGACGCUUUAACACAAGGUUCUGGGUGAAUAUGGAAGAGCAAAAAGCAAGUAUGGAAUCGCCGCUGCUGAUUCCAAAAGCUCAAGGAAAAGCAUUCCAAUCGAGAGAGGGAUUCAGCAAAGAUGAGGUGGUCGCAGAGGUGAAGAAGCAGCUGUCCUUGGCAGGGCCGCUUGUGUCUGUUAAUCUCCUGGUAAAUUGUUUGCAGGUGAUUUCAGUCAUGUUUGUAGGUCAUCUUGGAGAGUUAGCUCUUUCUGGUGCUUGCAUGGCCACUUCCUUUGCAUCAGUCACCGGUUUCAGCUUGUUGCUUGGAAUGGGAAGCGCAUUAGACACAUUCUGUGGUCAGUCGUACGGUGCAAAACAGUAUCACAUGCUGGGAAUACACAUGCAGAGGGCUAUGUUUGUUCUUCUCCUGGCCUGCAUUCCACUUGCACUGAUAUGGGCAAAUGCUGGCCAUAUUCUUGUAUUCUUGGGACAAGACCCAGAAAUCGCAGCAGAAGCUGGUCGUUAUGCUCGCUUCAUGAUACCAAGUAUUUUUGCUUAUGCGCUCCUCCAGUGUCAUGUCAGAUUCUUAAAAGCCCAAAACAACGUAGUUCCUAUGAUGGUUAGCACAGGAAUUACGACAUUAGCACAUUUACUCAUUUGUUGGUUUCUGGUAUUCAAGUCUGGCCUUGGAAAUAAGGGUGCUGCUUUGGCAAAUGCAAUCUCUUAUUGGAUCAAUGCAUCGAUACUCAUAGUUUAUGUUCGAAUUUCUCCCACCUGUAAGAAGACGUGGAACGGGAUUUCAAUGGAAGCAUUUCAUGGGAUUCCCAAGUUUCUAAAACUAGCAAUACCCUCGGCUGUAAUGAUCAGCUUGGAAAUCUGGUCAUUCGAAAUGAUGGUUCUCUUAUCUGGUCUUUUACCUAACCCAAAGCUCGAGACAUCAGUGCUGUCAAUCAGCCUUAACACUUGUUCAUUGGCCUUUAUGAUACCGCUCGGUCUAAGUGGUGCAACAAGCACAAGAGUUUCAAAUGAGCUGGGUGCUGGGAGACCACAAGCAGCUCGUCUAGCUGUGCGCGUCGCUUUAUCCAUGGUUACUACAGAGGGCAUUCUGGCAGCCACUGCCAUGAUAUUGGGCCGUCAUGCUUGGGGCUAUUGUUACAGCAAGGAAGAGGAAGUAGUAACAUAUGUGGCACAAAUGGUGGUCUUGAUUGCAGUAUCUCACUUUUUUGAUGGUAUUCAGUCUGUGCUUUCAGGCAUUGCUGCAGGAUGUGGGUGGCAAAAGAUUGGGGCUUAUGUUAAUCUGGGAGCUUAUUAUCUAAUGGGCAUUCCCACGGCUAUAUUAUUAGCUUUUGUCUACCAUAUUGGUGGAAAGGGACUCUGGAUGGGAAUUAUAGUGGCGCUCAUUGUGCAAGGAUUAUCCCUUUCGAUAAUAACCCUACGCAUUGAUUGGGAGAAAGAAGUGAAGAAAGCUUCUGAUAGGGUAUAUGAUUCAAUGACUCCAGCAGAUGCAGCAUUGCCGUAAAGCUGCAUCAAAGGCAAUUAAUAUUUGCCAGUGCCAUCCGAUUCUUGAAAGGCACAAUAAGGAACCACAUUCAUGCCAUCUUAGAAACUGCAUGCAAUUGUAAAUUGGACUAAUAUGGCUGUCAUGCCCAAUUUUAUGACUCCAUCUCAGGAAAACUGUGCCAGUUUAGUGAUAUAAUAUAGAGUGUCACCUUCACGCU